AUGGUAUAUUUAGUUCCUUCACACGGCCUAUUUGAACCAGCCGUACUGCCACCUCCCAUAGAAACUCUUUUUGACGAAUCUACGUUAGAAGAAGAAAUUGGUUGUGUAGCCAUCAAAUGCCCUAAGGUUCAUACACAAACAUUCAUUCGACAUUUUAAAAACCAUCUAUUUUCUCGAGAAGAUUGUGUGAAUGUUCCAUGGCUAAUUAAGGAAAGGCAAGACGGAGGUGAUGAUACGUCCGACGAAUCCAUCAUAGUUCUUAACUCGAGCGCUGAAGAAAGUCUUCAGUGUAAGGAAAAUAGCACUUUCAUUGAAGCAUCUAAUGGCAAGAUCAUCUCACCAUAUAAAGUAAAAAUUACUUUUGACCAGCGCCCCGUUCAUUGGAUCCUUCACAAACUCAUACCUAAUGUUGAAAACAUUACAUGGCACUUUGAAACGGUUGGGCAUAUCAUUCACCUGAAUUUGAGAGAAAGAGACCUAGACUAUAAAUAUAUCAUCGGCGCCGUCUUGCUAAGGAGAAAUCGGUCAACCGGCAUCAGAACUGUCAUCAAUAAAGUUGGGAUUAUCGAAAACGAUUUUCGAGUUCUUACAAUGGAGUUGCUGGCCGGAGAGCCAUGUACACUUGUACAAGUGCGAGAAGGUAAAUGCGUUUUCGAAUUUGACUUUUCUCGAGUGUUUUGGAAUUCCAGGUUGCAAGGAGAGCAUACAAGAAUAGUUCGACUUAUUUCGGCGAAUGCUGUUGUGUGCGAUGUCUUUGCUGGAGUGGGCCCAUUUGCAAUACCUCUAGCUAAAAAGGGCGCUACCGUUCAUGCAAACGAUCUGAACCCAGACUCUUAUAGUUGGAUGAAGAAAAAUGCAAAAAUAAAUUUAGGGAAAAAGAUCAACAACUUGACUUGCUACUGUAUGGAUGGACGAGAUUUCUGCCGCGAGUUGAUUGCUCGGCAACAAAUACCUUUUACUGAUAUUAUUAUGAACUUGCCGAAAUUGGCACCGGAAUUCUGUGAUGUCUUUAUCAAUUUGUUUCCAAAAAACUCAUUGCUUCCAAGAGUACAUCUCUACUGCUUCUCCAGCGGCGAGACUCAAUCAGAUCUAGAAAACAUAGCCCUGAAACGCAUAGAAAAUGCAUUGUGUACUCAGAUAGACACAGACACACUGAAUGUACUCAAAAUAAGACAAACUUCUGUUAACGUUUUUGAAUUAUAUAUAUCUUUUGUCAUACCGCAGAAAAUAGCCUAUCUACGUUAGUAAAACAGUUGUAAAAGUGAAUGUCUAGACUCUACACACAAAUACCGGUCAGAUCGGAAAAGUACCAAACAAUGUGCAUGCAGCAAAAGCAUGUGGGCUUCUUAAUUCCAGACCAUCUACGAACAUUGCGUGCCAUCUAUCUACAAUGUAUUGCCCUAUCGGAGAUUACACCUGUUAUGAUCGAAUUUCUUCGAACGAAGGAUUGAGUCUGAUAUGGAAACGAAGGCUGUCAAUUUGGGUCGAGAAAAGUGUCGCGCAAGAGUUGUAAAAUUGAUAUACACUUUGAACGCACAUCGUUUAUAUUUGAAGCGAAAAAGCGAUCAUAGACGGUUGUUAUGUAUAAAAUGGAUAGAGACCAAUGUACUUGAGUAUGAUUCUAAAGACGAGCUCGGUGUGCCGAUUGCUAGUAAUUUAAACCACUGUUCGCGACGCGUAAAAAUAUAUAAGCUGAAUUCAUUGCAGAAAUGAUGAAUAAAAGAAUCAAUUGAUGACUAUUAAGCAGUUAGUCGUAAAUUUUUGGUGAAGAAGAAUGUGAUAGUUCAUUGUCUCAUUUUGAAGGUUAGGCGAG